GUAUAAAAUAAAUUCUCUUCCAGCGUGCGGUGCUCAUUCUACUGAAAGCUUUUCAUACAAUUGUAAAUCUUAUUGCGCCAAUUCACUAUGAGUAACGCGAAUCAACCUACUGCACCUACCAAUAACAAUGGUAGCGGUGAUGGUAUUAACACCAACAUGAUUUCUAUGAAUUAUGGUUAUACCCAACAGCAGCAACAAUCGUCGCCACAUAUGAAUUAUCAGCAGAAACCACCUCAGAUAUCCGCUAAUUCUAUAUAUCAUCCACAACAAAUGUACAAUAAUGUUCCACCGGUGUACACUCCAAACUCGACGCAAAUUCCACAUUAUAAUCACCACCAGCAGCAGCAACAGCAACAGCUGCUGCCGCCGCUGCCAACGCAACCUACACCGACCGACGGUAAUUUUUUACCACCUCCGGUACCAUUGAACAAUUCAUACGAAUCGGAAUUGAACAAUAUAAAGUCAAACGAUGACAUUAUGGAAUUCAAACUCAACGAUAAUAAAAUCAAAGAGUAUAAAACCGGCGAACUUAAAGAAGAUUAUUUAAAGUUGUGCGACUUGAACAUUAGAAAUUUUCAAAUUUUACACAAGAUUUAUAUGCAUUUACCAAACAAUUUGGAAUCCGACAAGAGGAAUAAAGAUUAUUCGAUUGUCGCUUUAUUCUAUAUGGCAUACAUGACGGUCGCUAAAGACUUGUGUAUGAAAUACGAUAGUAUCGAAGAUUUGGAUCGUGGUUCUGGGUGCCGACAAAAUUACUGUAAACAAAUCAUUGAGACAUCCUAUUUUUAUUAAAUUCGAUUUCACUA